AUGGUGGUCUAUAUAAGGAUUUGGAAAACAUUAACGUUUGCUUUUGCUUGUAUUUUGUGUGAGGGUGCAGAACUCCUUAAGGAAGCCAUGCUGCAUGAAGUCCUUUUUGAAAAUUACAAUCCACGAGUCAGACCUGUGUCAGAUAGCACGACAGCUCUCAACGUGGAAGUAGCAAUGUAUUUGUUGAGGAUUACCGAUCUUAGCGAGAAAAACCAGGUCCUGACGUCCAGUAUCUGGAUGGAUAUCCGCUGGUAUGAUGAACUUCUCCAAUGGAACGAGUCCGAUUAUGGAGGCGUGUCAUCCAUUCUGGCUGAUAAGAACAAAAUCUGGACACCCGAUCUUCUCGUUCAAAACGAAAUCGGUAACAAACGGGGGAUAGGGGAGACAACUCUAAACGACCCGAUCGUGAUGUCGGACGGUCAUGUGACAUGGUGGCCAGGGAAGGAAAUUAAGACAACGUGUAAAGUGGAUUCAACAAAAUAUCCAUUUGAUAGUCAGUUCUGUGAAAUUGAAAUUAGUAAAUGGUACUCUAAUGAUAAUGUGUUGAAUAUCACAUAUACCUACCCAAGCGUCGACCUGGUACAUUACGAACAGAGCGAGGAAUGGGAGAUACUCAGCGCCAUUGUACGGAAACACCGACAUUUUGAAGCAAAUCAAAACUUCUCUAGAAUCAAAUACGGAAUGACGCUUCAAAGACGGCCAUUGUUUUAUGUGUUAAACAUCAUGGUCCCUCUGAUAAUUCUAUCCUUACUCAACCAGCUGUGUUUUAUUCUACCCAUUGAGAGUGGCGAGAAGAUUGGAAUGUGUAUGUCGAUAUUUUUGACCUUUGUAGUGUUUCUGACCUUGAUUAGUGACACGCUACCUCAAUCAUCAAUCCACAUACCCAUAUUUGGAAUGUACCUCGUGUUCCAGCUCGUGAUCAGUGGUUUGAUCAUAGGCCUAGAGGUUCUGGUUCUUUACACGUACCACACACCUCAGAAGGAGGUCAAAGAUCGUAACACGCGGGUGUGUCAUUGUGAUAACGAUCGAAUCAGUCAGGUUAACAGUGAUGAUCAAACAAUAAACAACAAAAUUGUCCGAAUUAAUACCUUGACACAUAAUGAAUUCUCCCUCAAAACACCGGAACCGGAACUCAACGGAUCACACAAAGCAGCCAAGCUGAACAGAAUUCUGGGAUACAUGGUUCUAGGGGUGAAUACGUUCACUUUAGUGCUAUUAUUUGUUGUAUUACAUUCUUGAUAUAAAGAUAUAUCAUAUAAAUUAUAUAUCAAACAAACACUUGAGCAACGAAGUAUUGAAACUGAAUAUAAUUGUGACGUAAGAAGAAUGUAUCCACUUACCUGUGACGUGUGUGGAAUAAAGGUUGCCAAGAUAAUUAUCAAAAUACGCAAUCUUUUUCCCGAACACCUCGAAAAAAGUGUGAAGACGUUUUAGUAUGACUUCCUGUGAACUGUUUUGUAUACCUGUGGAAUCAAAAUCGUAUCGGUUUUUGAUUGUAAUCCAGCAGAAAUAUUGUGUCCACAAGAAGCCGACGGAAACUCUAAAACUUGUAUAGCGACGGGGCUUGGAUAAAAUUUAUUUGUACGCACGUGUUUAUCACGAGAUUCACGUACAUACACAAUUUUAAAUGAUACACUCGUAAUAUUAAUAUAAGUCUGUUAACAACGCGAUGAAUGGCGAGAGGGUCACGUGACGGAGUAUAGUUCUAACCUUGCCGGAAACACAGAACAGAUUAUUGGAAUUGUGGGAAGAUUAGUCAAUUGUUAGAGGAUAAUAUUCAGUGAUUUUACAGUGGUAGUAUUUCUUGUUAAGAACAUCAGACGAUGUGAGGAACUAUAUCAUUGUUGCGGAGGAAUAACACCGUGAAUUAACUCGAAAUUACUACGCGUGAAUUCAACAGUGAUUUAAUAACUGUGUCAACAUACAUGUUAAACUGUCUCCAUCAAUCAUGUCAUUAUUGCUAUA